AUUAAGAUUAAACCUCCAGUGAGUCCGUGGGUGUGGAAAGUCACCAGCUAGCUAAUAUUAACAUAGCUUGCAACAGAGCGCUGUUGCUAGAAAUAGGACAGUCGCAUCACUACCACUAAGCAAUUUGCAUUCUGUGGACCAGCCCCUAAAUUCCUCCUGGCUCCUUCGGCCCUUUGGGCAUUGCGUUUCUGAAGGCUUUUUAGACAGAGUUCACACUUGGCUGUCUGGUUUCACGAGGAACUCUACCCAAAAGAGGAAGCGGCAAGAAGAACAUCUGCUUUGUUUGCAAGAACGUGAUCGAGCUACAAGCAAAUCUUUAGGCAUCUGAGGAAUUGUGAAGCUUCUAGAUUUCAUAUGGUGGCUGACAGGGCGGGGCAGACAAGAACCUUCUUGCUUUCCUCACCAUGGAUAAUCUGUUGCCUCAGUCUAGAUUCUCUUAUUUCAAAAAAUAUCCUCUUCAUGCAAUUAGAAAAUAUGUAUCGAUGCUGAGAAACCAAAGAGCUGCUGAAGAACAGGUUGCACGUUUUCAAAAAAUUCCUAAUGGUGAAAAUGAGACAAUGAUUCCUGUAUUGACAUCAAAAAAAGCAAGUGAAUUACCAGUCAGUGACGUUGCGAGCAUUCUCCAAGCUGACCUUCAGAACGGUCUAAACAAAUGUGAAGUAAGUCAUAGGCGAGCCUUCCACGGCUGGAAUGAGUUUGACAUCAGUGAAGAUGAGCCACUAUGGAAGAAGUAUAUUUCUCAGUUUAAAAAUCCCCUUAUUAUGCUGCUUCUGGCUUCAGCGGUCAUCAGUGUUUUAAUGCAUCAGUUUGAUGAUGCCGUCAGUAUCACUGUGGCAAUACUUAUCGUCGUCACAGUUGCCUUUGUUCAGGAAUAUCGUUCAGAAAAAUCUCUUGAAGAACUGAAUAAACUUAUGCCUCCAGAAUGCCAUUGUGUGCGUGAAGGAAAAUUGGAACAUACACUUGCACGAGACUUGGUUCCAGGUGAUACAGUUUGCCUUUCUGUUGGGGACAGAGUUCCUGCUGACUUACGUUUGUUUGAGGCUGUGGAUCUUUCCAUUGAUGAGUCCAGCUUGACCGGAGAGACAACACCUUGUUCUAAGGUGACAGCUCCUCAGCCAGCUGCAACUAAUGGGGAUCUUGCAUCAAGAAGUAACAUUGCCUUCAUGGGAACGCUCGUCAGAUGUGGCAAAGCAAAGGGUAUUGUCAUUGGAACAGGAGAAAAUUCUGAAUUUGGAGAGGUUUUUAAAAUGAUGCAAGCAGAAGAAGCACCGAAAACCCCUUUGCAGAAGAGCAUGGACCUCUUGGGAAAACAACUUUCCUUUUACUCCUUUGGUAUAAUAGGUAUCAUCAUGUUGGUUGGCUGGUUACUAGGAAAAGAUAUCUUGGAAAUGUUUACUAUUAGUGUAAGUUUGGCUGUAGCAGCAAUUCCUGAAGGUCUUCCCAUUGUGGUCACAGUGACUCUAGCCCUUGGUGUUAUGAGAAUGGUGAAGAAAAGGGCCAUUGUGAAAAAACUGCCUAUUGUUGAAACUCUGGGCUGCUGUAAUGUGAUUUGUUCAGAUAAAACUGGAACAUUGACGAAGAAUGAAAUGACUGUUACUCACAUAUUUACUUCAGAUGGUCUCCAUGCUGAGGUUACUGGAGUUGGCUACAAUCCGUUUGGGGAAGUGAUUGUUGAUGGUGAUGUUGUUCAUGGAUUCUAUAACCCAGCUGUUAGCAGGAUUGUUGAGGCGGGCUGUGUAUGCAAUGAUGCUGUAAUUAGAAACAACACUUUAAUGGGGAAGCCAACAGAGGGAGCCUUAAUUGCUCUUGCAAUGAAGAUGGGUCUUGAUGGACUUCAACAGGACUAUAUCCGAAAAGCUGAAUACCCUUUUAGCUCUGAACAAAAGUGGAUGGCUGUGAAGUGUGUACACCGAACACAGCAGGACAGACCAGAGAUUUGUUUUAUGAAGGGUGCUUAUGAACAGGUGAUUAAGUACUGUACUACGUACCACAGCAAAGGGCAGACCUUGGCACUCACCCAGCAGCAGAGAGACCUGUACCAACAAGAGAAAGCACAAAUGGGCUCAGCAGGGCUCAGAGUUCUUGCUUUGGCCUCUGGUCCUGAACUGGGACAGCUGACGUUUCUUGGCCUGGUGGGAAUCAUUGAUCCUCCUAGAACUGGUGUGAAAGAAGCUGUUACAACACUCAUUGCCUCUGGAGUAUCGAUAAAAAUGAUUACUGGAGACUCACAGGAGACUGCAGUUGCAAUCGCUAGUCGUCUGGGAUUAUGUUCCAAAACUUCCCAGUCAGUCUCAGGAGAAGAAAUAGAUGCAAUGGAUGUCCAGCAGCUUUCACAAAUACUACCAAAGGUUGCGGUAUUUUACAGAGCCAGUCCAAGGCACAAGAUGAAAAUUAUUAAGUCUCUACAGAAGAGUGGGUCGGUUGUAGCCAUGACAGGAGAUGGAGUAAAUGAUGCAGUUGCUCUGAAGGCUGCCGACAUCGGCGUUGCGAUGGGUCAGACUGGCACAGAUGUCUGCAAAGAGGCAGCAGACAUGAUCCUGGUGGAUGACGAUUUCCAAACCAUAAUGUCUGCAAUUGAAGAGGGUAAAGGGAUUUAUAAUAACAUUAAAAAUUUUGUUAGAUUCCAGCUGAGCACGAGUAUAGCAGCAUUAACUUUAAUCUCAUUGGCUACAUUAAUGAACUUUCCUAAUCCUCUCAAUGCCAUGCAGAUUUUGUGGAUCAAUAUUAUCAUGGAUGGACCUCCAGCUCAGAGCCUUGGAGUAGAACCAGUGGAUAAAGAUGUCAUUCGUAAACCUCCACGCAACUGGAAGGACAGCAUUUUGACCAAAAACCUCAUACUUAAAAUACUUGUUUCGUCAAUAAUCAUUGUUUGUGGGACUCUGUUUGUCUUCUGGCGGGAGCUGCGAGAUAAUGUGAUAACACCUCGAGACACAACAAUGACCUUCACAUGCUUUGUGUUUUUUGACAUGUUUAAUGCACUAAGUUCCAGAUCCCAGACCAAAUCUGUGUUUGAGAUUGGACUCUGCAGUAAUAAAAUGUUUUGCUACGCAGUUCUUGGAUCCAUCAUGGGACAGUUAUUAGUUAUUUACUUUCCUCCACUUCAGAAAGUUUUUCAGACUGAGAGCCUAAGUAUACUGGAUCUGCUGUUUCUUUUGGGUCUCACCUCGUCAGUGUGCAUAGUGGCAGAAAUUAUAAAGAAGGUUGAAAGAAGCCGGGAAAAGAUUCAAAAGCAUGUUAAUUCAACAUCGUCGUCUUUUCUUGAAGUAUGAUGCAUAUUGCAUUCUUUUAUUUGCAAACUAGGAAUUGCAUUCUGAAGAUCAUUUAGAAGGGCAAGUUCAAGAAGAUAAUGAAGAUUUGAGAACUUUUUAACUUUUCAUUGACUAAAAACGAGCGUGUUAAUGUUAGACUUUAUUUGAGACUUUAACCUGCUGGCAGUUCCAAAUGAAAUUAUGCGACUUUGAUAACAGAUUUCUUGAUUUAAAUUGGCUCUUGCGAUUAAGUGGAACUUUAUAAAGCAUAUGGGCAUUUAUUUAAUUAAAAAGAAAAAAGGUAAAACCUGAACCACUUAAAGAGGUCUAACAGUACAAAUACACUAUCUAUCUUAGAUAGAUAUAAAUAUUUUUUUUUAAUUUUUAAAUAUUAUACUAUUUAUGGUGGUGGGGCUUUCUUACUAAUACACAAAUAAAUUUAAUCAUUUCAAAGGCAUUCUAUUCAGUUUAGAAUUUGAUUCCCAAGAGUGCCAUAUUUCAGCUACUGUAUUUCCUUUUUCCUGCAAUGUAAGCAGCUCAGAUACCUUGUGUUACCAUUUUUGUAUAUCAAGUUUUUUGCGCAGGAUGUCACCACUGUCAGAUCACUGUUCUUUUCUUUCUUUUUGUGACUGAAAAGCCUAUACUGCAAUUUUAAGUAAAUGUUUGCUUUUCUUAGUAUAAAUGGUUGCUUUUAUUUUUUUUUUUUUGCCCCAGCUAUGAGUCUUUGGUCUAGCAAAAUUAAUACAGGGCUAUCAAGUGGCAUUCUAGUUUGAGUAGCCAUGUCUUUAAUUAACACUUAGUCAUAGAGUCAAAAAUAUUUAAGACUCAUUGGGCUGAAAUUUAUAACAAAUUAUAUUAACAUGUUAUGCCUCCUUUUAGAGUUAAAUAUAAAUCACACUUUGUCAAACAUAAUUUUGUCAUUCCCUAAAUACAAAUCCAAGUACCUCACCUGAAUAACUGAAUUUUAUUAUUUUUAAUAUCUUUUUAUAUGUAUUUUUAAGCAUCUUUCUUAGGAAGUAUAGAGUGCUGUACUUAAAGAAUAAGAAAAGCCCCAAGCCCAAACAGAUGGUUUCAGAACCAGGGUAUAUGUGGAAGAUUCUGUGCUGGCCGCCCUCUUCAUGUAUCUUUCUCUGGCCCAGACUGCGGCACAACCCUGAGCUUUUCCCUGUUCCUACUGCACCAUUUGUUCCCUGCCUUCGUUCUGUUUCAUUGGGCAUGCUAGAGAAAUAGAUGGAUUUGCUCUUGUAAUGCCAUCAGUUUUUAUAAUAGCUUGAUGAGGUAUAGGUAAUUUGUUUUGAGUGUGUGGCAAAUUUGGGCCAGAAAUUCAAAAUUAGAAAUCCAUUUUCCUGUUGAUUAUUUCUUUCUGAAACAGAAAUGGGUCUCAAAUUCUUACAUAUGUAAUUCUACCUGAAGUAAGUUGAGUUUUGUAUUUUGUAAUUAUUCUCCAUUUUAUAAACUGUCAGGAUAAACCACUGUCUAGUUAUUAUCACCAAUAUUAAAUCCAGUAUUAUCACUGAAAUAUUGUUGUCAAUGAUAGGGAAAAUAUAUAUACUUUGAUUCCUUGUUAGUGAAACAAUUGAGUAUAAGGAGCUGAGAUGUCUGCAGUUUAUUCUACUUUAAGACUCAGUAGUCAGAUCUCAUUAGAUGGAACAUGGGAGCCAUUGUCUAAUUAGCUUUAUCUUUAGUGACAUGAUGUCUCAUUCUUAAAUUUUGUAAUGAUUUUCCUUCUCUGUUACAAAGACUUGAAAUACGUAUUUAAGUGCACGUUAGUCUUUUGUUUUGGCCUUUUAGGUUCAGAGUAUGACUCGAAUGAAAUAAAUGUGCCUGUUCUUUUGUUUGGUUUUUGAACCAAAAAAAAAAGAAAGAAAGAUUUCUUUUUAUAAGUUAAUGACCUUCUAGUUGGGUUUGUUAACGUUAAAAUCAUAUGGGUGCUGAGGAUAACGGGAAUUAGGCAGUACUCAGAGUACACAGAACCUGUGAUUUAAAAACAAGUGAAACGCACAGUACACAUACACUACAUCCAGGUUUGAAUUUUCCAUAGUCUAGCAACAAAUUAGAAUAUUUGUAUGUACAUCUUUGAUGGUAUAUUAUCCAAAUUCGCAUAGAUAAUUUAAAUGCUCUAGUGUGUAAAUUAAAAAAUUUUAACCCCAUUUCCUAGCCCAAGACCUUGCUAGAGUUCCCUAAUAAUAUUAAUUUAAUUUUUCCCUGUUAGACUACUUCAUGAAGUUAUUUAGCUCCAAAAUUAUUAAACAUCUCAAGGAAGAAAGAAAAGGACUUGAAAUAAUUCACCAAAUGAUUAAAACUGGCAGCAAAGAAACAGGGCUUAGCAUGUUGCCUCACAUUUGUCCUGGGCACUUCAUGAUCCAGAGAUGAAACAAGUGACACCAGGCAACUUAAAAACCUCCCCUGUCAGGCUACAGGCUUUAUUGAAUAGCUGAGACCACACUCACAGGGAUAAACACUUUUUUACCUUUCAUACCUAUGCAAGGUACAUCUUUUAUAUUGGUAGUCUUUCUGAAAUCACUUUCAGUUAUGAUCUCUUUCAUAUAGCAUAUGAGCAAAGUGAGUAUUGGUCACACUCAGUUUCUCAAUGAAAUGAAUUGGUGGCAAACAAUACAUUUCUUAUGUAAGAACCUUAAUUAACUUUACCUUGCUUUCUGCCUUUGUCACCGGGCACUUCCACAUAUGCCUCACCCAGAAACUUGGAUGAAUUGAUUGUCAUUUCCGUUAACUUUGAUUUAGUGGCUGGAGUGUGCUAGGAAUAGAAAGGUGAUGGCAUCCCUGCCCUUUGGGAGCUCCUGGGUAGGUUUGCAGGGGGAUAUAACUAUUCCCAGGCUGUUUCUUGAAAGGUAGUAGUGGUCUUUGCACAUUUAUUUUAAAAAUACACAUAACAUUAAAAUGAAUCCUGCACACAUUUUACUGGCAGUGUACCUUGACAUUGGCAUUUGGAAAUCUUUGAAAUGCCUUUUCAGACUAAGCUGAAAUCCAAACAGUAGCUGAUUUGCAUGCUAACACAUGGUGUGCAAAAAUAUUAAUCCUAACUGGUAUGUGACUGGACAAGCAUACCAUCCUCAUAAUUAAGCUUCCUUGAGCUCAGUUAGCACUUGGUAUGACUGUUAACUCUUGCUGGACAACCUUAUUUGGGAUUUUUGUUUUCAGAGAUGGUUAUUGUUAAAAAUGGAUCAUGAUUAAGCAGUCCUUGAUAUUAAUAUAAAUAUAAUAGUCUGCAGAUACUGUAGUAGGUUUAGAUUUAUAGAGGUAGUAUUUUGCCUUUGGGAAGUCCUCAGUCUUAACUCUGGAGGCCAAAGUGAAAUACAUCAGAUACAGUGCUAAAUGCUGCCCAAAAUGCUACAGUAGCCAAAGGAGAGAGACAACUUCACUGAAGGAGGUUGUUGAAGAAAUUUCCUAGAACUAGUGGCAUCUGAAUCCGUGUUCUUAAGUUGGGAAUCUCUAGCGAAGAAGCAGCAGGACAUUGCAACCAAAUGGCACAGCCUCUGCAGAGGUGUGGAUAGGGGCUAGAUAGAACAGGUGAAAACCACAAGGAGUUUGGCUGGUAAGGCAGGAAAUAUGUAAUGUGAGGGCUUGGACAGAUAGACAGGAGCCCAGUGAUAAAGAGGAGGACACUUGACUUGUAACGCACUGGAGGAUUUGAAGAGUGUGAUGUGAGUUUGGAUUUCUGUCUUGCAACAUGCUGAUGGAAGCACAGAGUAGUAGAUUAUAAAGACAAACAGGGAGACUGAAUAGAGAAUUGUAGAAACUUAAGGGGUAGAUGGACAAAUUGAGCUGUGGCAGUUAGUACGGAGAGAAAGGCAUAGAAUAUCUAUCUUAUAAGAGAUAGCAUUGACAUGACCAUACAGGAGAAAGGGAAAAUGUGGAAGAUACCCCGGUUUCUGGCUCCCUGAUUUGGAUUGUAGAGCUUUUAGGAGAAUUACCAAAGCUAAGCAGCCUUCAGUGGAACACAGGUCAAUUUGAAAUGUCACGUUUGUGGUGUCCUUGAGAUUUCCCAAGGUACAUGUUAGAUGAGGUCUCUAGCACAGAAUGAAUUAAAGCUGUGGCUGACUAAUUAUAAUGUGGUUGGAAAAUAAUUUCAUAUUACAAGCAUCAUACUUUUUUUUUUUUGCUAAAAGUAAAGCAGUAAAUGAAUGUAAACAGCUUUGACAGAAUAAGAUAUAUUUUGAAAAUAGUUUCUUUAUAGAGUUAUUACUUAAGAAUCAGCACACAGUUAUUUAAAUUCAAAAUGUAGGGGGAAAAGGAUUAGAAUUCUAUUACAGCCUCCUUUGUUACAAAGCUUUCUGAAUGAAUUUGUUAUUAAGGUUACUGACUAGAAAACACUGAUCUGAAUUACUGGUAGCACAUGCGCGUACUUUUGAUGUUUGUGGUAAGACACUCUCUUAAGAGGUGAGGAAUAUGUAGAGCAAAGAACUUGAUAACUCAGACUGAAGUUUGCUGCGGGUGGAAACCCAGAAAGUGAAUAGCAUGAACGUUAGAAAAUAGCUGCAUGCUCCAAACAAGUAAUUUAUGGCAGGAGAGUAGAAAACGUUGAUUUUUUUUUUUUUCCAUUUUACUCAUAAUUCUUUCUUGGAUCUUUCUAGCCUCAUAUCCCACAUGGUGUUCCAACACAAUCCACUUACUAGUCUUUUUGGGCAGUAUUCCUUCAACUUGAAAUCCUUUUUCCACUGCCUCAAUUUUGAGAAUGAGAAUUGUUACUUGCUCUUCAAAAACCAGCUGAAGAGACAGCCAGGAUGGCCCUUCCAGAUUGCUCUAAAUGGUG